AUUUUUCUCUCUCGUGCUCAACCCAAUUACUUCCGCAGAUAAUAAUAGCUUCCUUGUAAGAAACGCUGCCGUGGUACUGCUUUUCACCGCUAGAUGUCAGUGUUUUGCUCCAAUUCAAGCCGGUUGGCCAGCCCCCCUCGGUUUUGGCUUAGCGAGUGGAGUGGAAACAGGAAGAGGAAUAUAGUGGGGGAAGAAAAGAGACGGUGGAGAGGAUCGGGUGAGACAAGAAGGUGGUGAGGAGUGAAAGGGAGGAAAAGGGGAGCAGAGGGGAGUGUGUGGACCUCCAGAAGGAAGACAUUUAAGAGAGAGGAGAGGAAGCAUGUCUAUUUAAAGGUAUCCGAGUCUGUACUGGGCUGUCUUUGCUAUUUUGGAUUGACUGACAGAGAGAUCAUCCCCUCUUUUUCACUCAUAUUUCACUGGAAGGUGUGACGUGGAGGGCCUCCCAAAUACAGACCAAGACUGGCUGCAUGUAUCACUCGGCAGAGCUGUACUCUGGCCGUAAAUCAUGGGACUCCUACCCAGCUGGAGGCCCUAACAGAGGGCGAUGGGCUCCAGUGGACAGUCGACAGUCGACUUGGAGCCAAACACAAAGAUCCCACGGACGACACCAUCCAUCCGAUUAUUCCAUCUCACUAUCAAGUCAGCCUUUUACCAGGGGGGAACGAACAGUCCACUAUGCCCAAGACAAGGGUGUCUCUAAGAGGCACAGGCAGCAUCUUUGGGAUGCUAAAGAACAGCCAUUUGAGGCCCAGAACUGGCAUCAGAACUCGAUGCGCUCAUUCCACAACCGAGCUGGUGCUGACAAUGGUUAUCUAACAAGACCGGGACAGCGCUACAAAAAUUGGGUCAGCAACUCUUUGCAUGGGAGUCCUCGCCUACAUCGCAACAGCAGAGAAAUCCAGCCUCCUCUAGAAAGAUGGGCUCCCUCAGACCUUCACAGGAGUUUCCCAGGUCGAAUGAUCAAUAACAGGCCAGAGCCUUGGAAACGGCCCGCCCCUCAUCAGUGCCAAGACCAAAUGCACCAGCAUCGACCAUCAGCCCAGCACUCUUCAUCUAUGAGGGAUGAGGGUCCGGCCAAGAGGAGCCGGGAUUCUGCACUUGAUCAGUCAUCUCAUUCUGGAUCAAGACAUCUAGUUGCCCAUCCAGCAUCACCACCUCACCACCAUCGUAACCAAGAUGACUGGAAACCUCUUCAUGACAGGACAGGUCCUUGCCGUGUCUCUGACCAGAGGACCUCAACAACACAGCAACAGGAGACCUUGAAAUCGAGAGUUGGAGGACAUAGUUUGUUCAACAGCGACCCCAUAGUCCAAAACCAGGGUUGCAGCAACAAAAUGUCACAUCUUGGAAACAGUGGGAAGAGUUGUCGAAAAACAUCUUCACCAGCAGAACACACUCGUGUGCCUUACAGCCACCAAAACCCUCAUUACCAUCAUCAGCGGCACACACGCCACCUCAAAGUUGAACAGCACAAACCUCUGCGAUACCACCUGGAUGAGGAGGAGGAGGACUCACAGAAUCAUCUCCAUAAUCAAAGCACAGAAUCUCAGUGUACUCUUCCAAGCGGCAUUUCAAGAGAUGCCACCUCCUGGUCUUCUGCAGCAGUCUCUUCUCAUUCGUCCCUUCGUCCGAAAGAUUCUUCUCACAGUCCACAUGUUAGUCCGUCACUACACAUGGCAGCCAAUGGCAGUAGACAUUGUAGCCCGAUCCUCAGUGGACAAUCAAAGGUCCAGGGAAGCCCUACUCAUAAAGCAAGGGUCUGCUCAACCUCCACCCCAUCUUGUGCAUCAUCACCUUGUGCAAAGCCGAGGUUUUCAGAUGUCAAAUACAAGAAGAUCUCACAGCCUCCAUGCUUGUCCCCCCAUGGCAACUCGAGAACAAACAAGCCCAAAAAGGAGUCAAAUGCCAGAAGAAAAGCUGAAUGCAAACAUAAAGAUAAGCUGGUAAAAAGGGAAAGAAGGAGCAAUGUUGAAAAGGCAAACCACAGGGGAGAAGGCAGAAAAAAACGAAAGAAAAAAGAGGAACACAAUUUAGGGGAGAGAAGAAAGAAAAGAGAUAAAGCGAAAAGGAAAGAAAAGAAAAUAGGCCUGACCGUUCUAACCACUGAGGUUAUUUCCAACUCUUCAGGAGAGGAGCAACAAUCUCCUCAUCCCGGAUGCACUUCUUGGCAAACACUGCCCAAAAGGAAUUCUGCUAAACGUCCUACUGAGGAUCGACAGGUACACUUACUCCCCAUAAAGAGCCCCAUCAGGAAGAUGGCUUCCAUUGUCUCAUCCCAAUUAGAACCCAAAGCAAAACCUGAAAAUACAUUGCCUUCUAUUUUAUAUGAAGCCGUAGAACCUCUCAGUGCAGCGUCGAGUGUUCAUGAAGCUCAACGAGGGCUUCUCCAUGCCCCGGACCUCCAGCCUAUGGGUGUAAUAGGAAAUGUGCAGGAAGCGGGGGAGAACCUAGCAAACACGCCUCCUGUACUCAGUUGGCAGGGCUCACCGGUAUCAGAUGUGGGAGAGGAUGAGGACGAGCUGCAAAAAGGAGUGAUUAGCAGACCUGUCCUCCAGCCUAGUCCUACCCAGUGCUUUUCUCCUCCCCCCUUAGAAGGCGAGAACAUUUAUGACUUGAUUAAGGAGCCUUGUGAAAGUAAACAGGCAGAGUGUUCGCAACUUUCUAAUCCGUCGAGUACAAAGAAACAAGAUCUUAAAGAUGAGAAGAAGUCAGAAAGUCUAGAGGUUUCUAGCUCUCUGCAACAGGAUCUUCACCGCAAAGCAGGCCUGGAUGACGUUUUCAAGAGCCUGGCCACUUUUCUUGGUAGCCAGAGGGCCACAUGUCGAGGUGGUCCAUUUGGGGGGUCUUCUUCUUGCACUGCUAGUGGGGUUAAGUUGGUGUCUGCGCUUUCUCUCGGACCAGAUAUCCGCUGUCACCAGCAAAAGGUUUCUGACCUCAAGUCGGAGCCUAAUAAUCUGUCUGAUUCACAUGUGAAGCCCCAUACUGUGACAAAUCAGUGUGAGUCUGACACAGAAACCCCUACACUCAAAGUAACGGAGACUGAUGAGGAUAUUGAAGAUAGGCAAGACAGGAGAAGCACACACAUCCUGCCUGAAGGAAAAGAUUCACUUUUGGACCAUUCUCUCAGUGCAGAGCUGAGACUAACCACCACCCACACCUCCUCUUUGAGCCACCUCCUUGUAGUCGCCAGGAAGGACGAGGAACUGAAGACUGAGGAGACCCACCUCCGAGGUGCAGAGAAACAACGAAAGCAAAAGGCCAAGGACGGUAGUCAGGUCAAAAUUAAGACAAAGAAGAAGAAAAAAAGCACUGUUAUCUCCAGAAAUACACUCAAACGUAAACACAAAUCCCCUUCCUGCAAAGAUGUGCAGAGAAUCCGUGUGAAACAUGAAAAAGCUAACUUAAAGAUUAGCAUUGACAAUAAAGACAAUGAUAAGACAAUAAAAAAUGCUGCUUCAGCGGCAACUGGAAACUCCACCACCAAGACCUCGAGCUCAUUAUCAACUAUAACAAUCAAUCCAUCCAACAUAAUUACCACCACACCAGCGAGUAAAUCUGCUGCCAACCUAUUGAAGCUGAGAGCAUUGUCCAUGGGCUUUACCAAGGAGCUGAAGGUCCUGGUGGUGAGGAUGAAGCUUGAUGCCAGGCACACAUUCAACGUAACAGAAGUAGAAGAACGAAAAAUCCCACUUUCUCAGAUCAGCAUUCAAAACACAGCAACUGAAGUAGUAGGAGCUUGCAAAGGGGCAAAGGUCAAGGAAAAAUUUAAGGAGUCAUACCUGCUUACUUCCCUCUCUGUCAAACCUGACAUUUCUAGUCAGACUCCGAUUCCUCGAGAAAAGCUCAACCCUCCCACACCCAGCAUCUAUUUGGAAAGCAAGAGGGACGCCUUCUCACCAGUUCUGCUGCAGUUCUGCACCAACCCCAAAAAUGCUGUGACUGUCAUCAGAGGUCUUGCUGGCUCGCUCCGCCUCAACCUUGGCCUGUUUUCUACCAAAUCUCUGGUGGAGGCCAAUGCAGAACAUGCCGUGGAGGUGAGGACUCAGGUGCAGCAGCCUGCUGAUGAAAAUUGGGAUACCCGUGGCUCGACUCAGACGUGGCCCUGUGAGAGCAGCCGCUCACACACCACCAUUGCCAAAUACGCUCAGUACCAAGCAUCCAGCUUCCAGGAGAGCCUGCAGGAGGAGAAAGAGAGUGAAAAUGAAGAGGAAGAGGAUCAGGCCAAGUCUUCGGAUACGCCGUCCACCACAAAAGCAAAUGUGUGGUCAGACCACAAUAAAGGCAACCUGGUCUCAACUGCAAUUAAACACACCUCUGAUCUCUUAACUAGCAAAGCCGCCACCGACAACACAUCCAGCUCGGAACUGAAAGCUGUUGGCAAGAUCAUCAAAUUUGGCACCAACAUCGAUCUCUCUGACUCUAAACGGUGGAAGCCUCAGCUGCAGGAACUGCUCAAGCUGCCAGCAUUCAUGCGUGUGGAGUCGAGCAACAACAUGCUCAGCCAUGUUGGCCACACAAUCCUGGGAAUGAACACUGUCCAGCUCUACAUGAAGGUGCCAGGCAGCCGGACACCAGGUCACCAGGAGAACAACAACUUCUGCUCUGUCAACAUCAAUAUUGGACCAGGUGACUGUGAGUGGUUUGCUGUCCAUGAACAUUACUGGGAGUCAAUCAACACAUUCUGUGAAAAGCAUGGAGUAGAUUACUUGACAGGGUCCUGGUGGCCUGUUCUGGAAGACCUCUACAGUUCCAACAUCCCUGUGUAUCGUUUCAUUCAAAGACCAGGCGAUUUAGUGUGGAUCAAUGCAGGUACCGUGCAUUGGGUCCAAGCAGUGGGCUGGUGCAACAACAUUGCAUGGAAUGUGGGACCUCUGAACUCAUACCAGUAUCAACUAGCACUGCAGCGAUUUGAGUGGAACGAGCUGAAGAAGGUUAAGUCAAUUGUUCCCAUGAUCCACGUUUCCUGGAAUGUGGCUCGCACCAUCAAAGUCACCGACCACGACACCUACAAGAUGAUAAAACACUGCCUCAUGCAGUCCAUCAAGCACAUCCAGAUCCUAAAAGAACAGCUGAUGGCUGCUGGGAAGAGGAUCUCAUACCAGAGUCGUGUUAAAGACGAGCCUGCUUAUUACUGCAAUGAGUGCGACGUGGAGACAUUUGACGUGCUGUUCGUGACCAGUGAAAACUGCAGUAAGAAGAGCUACGUGGUGCACUGUGAGGACUGCGCCCGAGCUAAGAACCCUUCGCUGGCUGGAGUGGUGGUGUUGGAACAAUAUCGAAUGGAAGACUUGAUGAAAACCUACGACAGCUUCACACUGGCUCCCUCACCCUCUUCAAAAUGAGGACAUCUUCAUGAGGUCUUUCAGCCAUAACCAAAACUAAUGGCAGCACAAAUGUUGCCUCCAAGGCAAUCUGGUUCCUGCAGUCAACGUUUACUCUGUUGUUUACAUCACUCAAUAAGGUAUGGAUAUCCUCAGCCAAUCCAAAUACAGCUCACUGUCUUCCCCAUACCAGCUGCUGAUUGGACGUGUGCAUUUUAAAUAGAAUGACUAGAAUGGUAAUUCUAAUGGAAAGCAUUUAGGAUGAAAAAAAGAGCACUGCUACCACUGAAAAUCAGGUUAUUUACUGUAUACGUUCGACAGAUACUGCUGUGAUUUAAAAGCGUCAAGUAGCCAAUUUUCUGUAUCAAUUCAGGUACUUUUAUGCAAAUUCUGGUUUUUUACACCAAUCUAGUUAUUCUACAUGUCCAUGAAUAUGCUGUGAUUCUAUUAUACCAGCAGGGGAAACCGCUUCACACAGGAGAAGUAGCUGAUUGUCACAUUUGCUUCAUAUUAACAAUACUGUAUUGAUACCUGGUUUUCAGGGAAAUUUUGACAUGUGUUCCUCAUGUCUGUAAACUCUGAGGUGCUAUUCCGAUCUUAUUUAUUCUUUUCACAUCAUUCAAAACGUUGUACCAGCCUAGAAGUACACCACAUUGGCCUUGUGAACUGUAUUUAGAGGAGAUGUAAUUAGAGUGUAAAAUUACAUGACUAUGUUUUAUUUAGAAAAAUAAAUAAAUAGCAAUUUCUCUAAAUUACGGGUUUAGUAGAGGACUAAUAUGGCCGCAUUUUUAGGUGGGAAUCAAGUGUGUUAAAUGGUGUGGUUUCUACGACACUUGCAGAAUCAAACGUGGUGUUGAUUUUUCUAUUUCAUUUUUUUGGAACGGGAACUGAAUCCCAGUUUUAUACCUCUUUGUGUUGCUUGGUUUUUAGAUGACAUGAGAAUAAAUAACUGUACAUGGUGAGCGACUAUAUGAAAUCAAAAAGUGGUGUGCAUAGAUGGAGUACAGGGGGGUAAAUCACCAUUUUUCUAUUUUUGUUAAACACUGUGAGAACUUCACUCAUUAGUAUGCUUCUCUUAUCCACAAUACAUACAGUAUCCACGCCUGACACCAGCUGCAAUGACUGGAUAUGUCACAAAGUAAGAUAAAAGCAUAUUGACACAUUACACGUUCUUCAACUGUCUUUUUUUUCCUUUCUACCGCUCACAAUUUUCAAUCAAAUCAUAUAUUUUUCUAAACCAGAAUUCAUUUAUUCAACAGCUAUCAAAUGUUGAUUUGCAAAAGAAUAGAGCACUUCUACAAAAUUAACAUAAGAAGUCCAACCCUCACUUUUUCCCAGAGAAACUACUGUAUUUUGCUCUUUGUUUCCCAUAAAUUCCCCAAGUUUUAUGAAAAAAAGCCUCUCUGGUGCUGCAAAACUAGGGCAACAGAGGCAUCCCCCACCCUUCCGUUCCACUCGGGCCUACUUCAGUGUAACACAUCCUGUAGCUGGUGAAAGCAGGCCUUCAAAGUAAAAGCAUGCCAAUAGAAUAGCAGUUGUACUAUCAUAGGCAGUCUCUCCACCAGCAAGGCAAAUGUUGCCAGUUGUGUCGAAAGUUGAGCUGAGAAAUGUUGGACCUAUUUAACUGCGGAAGUUUCUACAGGAAUAUACAUUUUAACUUCAUAGUGUUUACAUAUGUUCUUUGAUUAUUAUUUUUU